CUUCCAGAUGAUUAAUCUAUCUGCUGUGUCAGAGGGAACACGUACGAAUAUACAAGAUAACUGGUUUGGAUUGUAUAAUGUCACAGCAACAAACAGCCAGGGAAGUGCAAUGGUCAGCUAUACAGUUCGUGCGCAACGAGAUCCAAGCUUCCCAAUAAUUUUGUCAGUUGACUGUAGACAGCCUAAGACUGCCGAAGUAUCGUGGAAGGACGGCGGAAACUCCAAGUUUUACCGUGUUUUAUUCAGCAGUAAUGGAUUUCUGAACUCAAAGCAGGUUUACCCCUUGACGAUUCCAUAUGAAGUUGAAAGAAGUAACAUCUAUAGUCUGUAUGUAGACAAUUUGGAGGGAGAACGACUGUAUUCCUUUAAAAUUGCAGCAUACAACGAACAUGGAAAUACAACAUCGAUCGAAGCCGUUGGAUGUACAGUUCGGGAAGAACUAUCCAGUGCUACCGACAACAUGUACGUAACAGGAGUUUCCCUAACGUGUACUGGUGUGUUCACUCUCCUGCUGACAGUAGGACUCGGAAUAUUUAUAAGUCGGUAUGGUAGACUACCAUUCAUCAAAAGACAGCAUCUGAAACACAGAGAAUUUCAGAAGGAGCAACUUUCAGAACAAGACGUGGCACCUCCUGAAGAGGAAGAGCGAUCGUCGUAUGAACAACUCGAUAUGAAUGCAAUUGCCAAACCGUCCAUAUACUCUGAAAUCGGAAGUCAUCCUGAAGGUCACCAGAAAGAAACAGUCAUUGCCAAGUGA